AUUCAAGGUAGAUAUGCUGAAUGUGUGUGCUGCUAACCAGUGUUAGAUACAAUUCAGAGGUCACCGUUUUAAAUCUUGCAAUAUUUGACGAUCAUAGACAGACACAGGGUCGAAGGUGAAUAUGUCUGGAGAUAUACCCCUCAAUAUCAACAUCAAGGAGCCCCGCUGGGACCAGGGCACCUUUAUGGGCCGGGCCCAGCACUUCUUCAUGGUGACGGACCCCAGGAACGUGCUGCUGUCCGGCGCGGUGUUAGAGGAUGCACGCGUCACUGUAGAGAACUACAGACAAGGUAUUGUGAGACCUGGACUGACCGAGGAUGAGCUCUGGAGAGCCAAGUACGUCUACGACUCGGCUUUCCACCCCGACACUGGUGAGAAGAUGAUUCUGGUUGGACGCAUGUCUGCCCAGGUGCCCAUGAACAUGACCAUCACUGGCUGCAUGCUCACCUUCUACAGGACAACCCCAGCAGUGGUCUUCUGGCAGUGGGUCAACCAGUCCUUCAACGCCGUGGUCAACUACACCAACCGCAGUGGCGACGUUCCCCUGACAGUGAAUCAGUUGGGUGCAGCCUACGUCAGCGCCACGACUGGAGCAGUCGUCACAGCACUGGGCCUGAAGUCUCUCGCUAAGCACCUGCCUGCCAUCAUGAGUCGCUUUGUGCCCUUCGCUGCUGUCGCCGCGGCCAACUGCAUCAACAUUCCCUUCAUGAGACAGAGGGAGCUGAAGUACGGCAUCCCCAUCACCGACGAGGAGGGCAACCGGCUGGGCGAAUCGACCAAGGCGGCCCAGCAGGCCAUUGUGCAGGUGGUCGUGUCCCGGAUUGGCAUGGCCGUGCCAGCCAUGGCUAUCCCUCCUGUUAUUAUGAACGCACUGGAGAAGAAAGCCUUCAUGAAGCGGUUCCCUGUGCUCAAUGCUCCAGUCCAGGUUGGCUUGGUGGGAUUCUGUUUGGUGUUUGCUACUCCUCUGUGCUGUGCACUAUUCCCCCAGAAGAGCUCCAUGAGUGUGAGCAGCCUAGAGGCGGACGUUCAGGAACGGAUACGAAAGAGCAGCCCCCACAUCUCUACCGUCUUCUUCAACAAGGGCCUGUAGACACCCCCCGUCUCACCCCCCCGUCUCACUCCGUAGAGCACACCGC